GCUCGAUAAUCCACCGCGCGUUAGACGUCAGCGAAUUGCCACAACUGUUCCACAAAGCAGAUAACUGUUUAUUUCCGAGGGUGCAGUUAAAUGUGUGCGGUUGACAUAUGACAGAUGACGAUGGUCUGCUGCUCAACUGAACUCAACGAAUAUUUUCUUUCAUUUGCAUUGGAACGCAUUAAUUUAUUAAUUAAGAGCGUUCGAUAGCGUUCAAUUCGAGUCACUUUAACUAGAUGAUCGCGUGAGCUAAAUAAACAGGGUCCAAAUUGAAAAAUCUACACAAAACAAUGUUAUUGCACUGGCAUUGAUUUGCACUUGUGAAUGGAAUGAACGAAGAAGACUUAAUCAAGCGAGCGUUCGAAGAGCGAGAGAAAAUCUUCAAGCGUUAUGAGUUGGGCCGUGCGGAAGGCGCCGAGAUUGACCCAUGGGAAGAUCCGCAGUUCGAGGUGUACCACGCCACCGACCGAUAUGGGUUUAUACACGACAAACGGCUACCGGCCAAGCUGGACCCGCAGGAAGCAAAAAAGCAGCACAUAGAACUCGAGCGCACCAAGAAGUGGCUGAAAAUGCUCAAGUUCUGGGAUACACCACAAGUCAAAGAGAAACUGCACAAGAGAAUCUACAAAGGAAUACCAAACUCAUUACGUCCACAGGUUUGGAUGAAGCUAUUGGACGUCGAAGAGGUGAAGAAACGCAACCCAGGUCGGUACAUGGAGAUGUGUAAACUUGCGCGUUUGCAUUCAACCGACGCGAGACAAAUCGACUCCGAUGUGAAUCGUCAGUUUCGUGAACAUAUUCAUUAUAGAGAACGCUAUAGCAUUAAGCAGCAGAGUUUGUUCAAUGUUUUAACCGCGUACGCGAUGUACAAUUCGGAGGUUGGGUAUUGCCAAGGCAUGUCGGGGUUGGCGGGUGUGUUGCUCAUGUACAUGGCUGAAGAGGAGGCGUUUUGGGCGGUGCAUAUUCUGCUCACGAGCGAAAAAUAUGCAAUGCACGGAUUGUACAAGGAAGGAUUUCCUAAACUGACUAGAUUCUUAGAGCACCAUGACAAGAUACUUACCAAAUUUCAAUCGAAGCUCAAGAAGCACUUUGACAAACACGGCUUGGAUGCGAUUCUCUACUCGUUGAAGUGGUAUUUUGUUUGUUUCGUCGAGCGCGUGCCGUUUAGUCUCUGCUUGCGUAUCUGGGAUAUUUAUUUGUUGGAUGGUGAUCGGAUUAUUACGGCGAUGGCUUAUACGAUAUUAAAGUUACAUAAGCGCAAUUUGUUACGGCUCAAUGAUAUGGAUUCGAUAACGCAAUAUUUGCAAGUAAAAUUAUAUAAAGAUUUUCAAUACGACGAAGAUGUCUCAAUUGCAAGUCUAGAAAAAACUCUGGAAGAACUCAAAAAAGCAAAAAUGGAACAUCCUGGUCCACCGACAAAGGAUGAAAUCCCAAGUAGAAAGUUUGGUGUUUUCGUGGAGCCAACCCUCGAGCGCAAAGUUGGUAUCCGACAGGAAGAGUUCACCGACAAGGAGAAAGAGACGAGCCAAAUCGUGACAAUGCGUAGCGACGCGGCACGCAUCUCGGUGGUGGAGAACGAGAACGAGUUCGAACACGAUGCCGACAAUCGAGAAUCUCAGCUGAGCGCCGGCACCGAAUCGGUGGGACACACAGAGUCAAAAUUCUCAUUCGAUGUGGGCAUGGACGACGCCAGCUCGCUGCUGGACUGUGAGCAUACUGGAUCGCGCAGAUCUUUGGCGGACACGAGCGUUACAUCCACCGCUGAUCUGAGCGUCUUCUCGGCAGUGACGCGCUCGCAAGCGCACGAUAACAGCUUGGAUACGCAUAGCAACAUGUCUGAUAAUUCAGUGGGCGGCGGUAGUUCAGUAGGAUCGGGUGUCGGUGCCAGUGCGCAAAAGGCGCUCAGCCUCAGCACGCAUUCAACACCGCGUGCCACCCCGCACCAGCCUAGCCCUGAUGUUUUGCGCAUCUAUGUACCGUACACUAGCCCGCUCGAUACGCCCAUCGCCAGUCCGCAAAAUGGCGAUGUGCACAAGUCGCUGCCGUAUUCGUUUCCAGACAACCGCAUCCGCAUAAAGGUUGAUAAUGAUGAGCUUUCGACGCCGAUCGUCGAGCAUGGUCACAUUCGACCGUUCAUUCUCGACAGUCCCGAGUUGGAUUUGAAGUGAGAGCGCGUUGGGUAAACAAUUGCAUUUAUCUUUUUUAUACUCAGUACUUGUAUAUCGAAGGCAACAACAACGAAACGGCAUUUGGUGCUUAGCGGCCUCGAUGAAUUUUCCAGUCUAUGUUAACAGAUGCUUACUCUUAGAUUACGUUAAGUUAGUGCUACUCAAAACUGCAUAUAAGUACAUACUUGCCAAAGUAAUACACAAUGUAUAAAAAAUCGAACUACACAAGUGAUGUUUUAUGUAUUAAAAGAAAAACUGUUGGACCAUUUUACUCAUUGUUAGAAUACUCAACACAACAAAACAAGAUGGCGUACAUUGAGUUUGUGGAAGUAGAUGAUUUGACUAUUUUAUUCAUUCUUCGAUAGUUCGUACCUAUAUUGUAAAUAGUUUCAACUCAACUAGUCCACCAAAACUGUUGUAUAUUAAAUGUCAGUGUGUGUUUUUCCGCAUUUAGGAUUGUAUCAAUAUUGUAUAAAAACGUUACAGUGUUGUAAUUUAACCGUCCCGUUGUAGAUGACAAAUGAGAACACAUUCAAUAAUUACAUUCCGGUACAAUA